CUGUGUAAAAAGUGUAAAUACGAAUAGAAUUAUAGACAUGUGCAGUGAAAAUUUUCAUGUUAAUGUGAAAGAAUGCAAUUCUGUAUACUCUAACAAUUAGCGCGGGGAUUAACAACGUUUGACGAUGACUGCGGGCACGGUCAAUAAAAUGCGUGCCGACAAUGCCGACACCUGUAUCAAUAUUGACCAUGUGAACCUGGACAACAACUACAAGAACAGACUAGUAGAAGCAUCCGUCCAAACGACGCACCUAGUGCCGUACAGACUACGAUUUUGGCCUGGAACAAACUGUGAUGUGAAAUUAAGUCCUUCCGAAACCAAUUGCGCCCUAAAGGCGAAGUGCUGCUGUAGAAUACUUAGUCAAUGGAUACUGUCCCAGGUCGGUCUGACGAUCGUUGUCACUAUAUGGGCUCUUCUGGGUGCUUUAGCCUUCUUCAACACUGAAGGUCCCAGAGAACAGGAGCAGUCUAGGACGUUAGCUAAAAUUCAAAAAGAUCUCUCUAAGGAAUUGGCAAAUGGUUUGAGAGAAUCUAUAGAUCGUCAGGAAGAGUGGCCUUUCACGAUCCACAGAUAUUUCGAAAGACACGAAUCGCUCUUUUUAGAAGCCGUUGGAGCGGGUUUUGGGGAAGGAGGUGGAGGCAACAUUUGGACGUACCCUGGAUGCAUUUUAUUCGCUGUGUCGUUGUUGACUACAUUAGGGUUUGGAGCUCCUGUUCCUCGAACAUCUCUAGGCAGAGGUGCAGCAGUACUCUUCGCGUCGAUAGGAAUUCCCCUUCACUUCCUCCUAAUCCUGAACAUCGGCAACCUUGCAGCUAUCCAGCUGCAAAAGCUGUCUCUUCGAAAUUCUUCAACUGAAAUACCAACUGCCCCACGCCCAAAAUGGUUGAAACUAUUCCCAUUUCUAUCCAUAUUGUUUUACUAUCUUCUAGGUGUAGGCCUCUUCGGCUUUGCAAGGAGAAGAGAUCCAGCGUCUUGCUUCAUGUUUCCCUUGGACUUCACUGCGGCUGGUGGGGUGGCUACCGUUGAUGGACAAAUUAGGAUUUUUUAUGCGCUUUACCUUGAAAUGGCUGUGACGCUAGCCGCGAUCGUCGUGUCUCUCUUGCAAGCGUCUGCGACUAGAGGAAUUGUUGAUAUAGGCUUAAAGUUAGGGCUGUUGACGAACACUUGAGCAUCGCAUGCCUUCCUCGACAGGCUUUUUGAGUUCGUUCAAAUGGAUGACAUAUCAAAGAAUAAGUCAAUUUUAGUUUUAAUUGCAUAAUGGCAGAUAAUAAUUUGUUUCUAUUGACAUUUGAGAUUCGUGCACCAGAACUGAAGCAACUGAUGAUGUUUAAAGGAAUUAUAAAGCUUUACACAAAGUAGAUGUAAGAUAGUAAAGCUUUCUAUGGAUUUAAAUCAAUUUUAAAAAGACAGAUAGUCAAAAAUCUAUUUAUUAAUAUGUAUAUUAAAGGAAAAUAUA